AUAUGUAUUAUUUUAGGACUAACCUUGAAUCUGUUUGCAUACCAUUGAAGCAGGCAAUACACAAGUUGAAUUUAUAUUUAUGACACCCCCAUAGUUCUUACAAAUUGCAAACGUCCCUGGUUCGCGUUUCUUCAUUGCUGAUGUGCAAUUCGAAUCACUAAAUUGAAUUGAGUCCUUCUAACCAUCAGUAGUUCACACGACUGGGAAAUACAAUUCAGCUCAUUCGGUUCACUAAAAAGAUUUGACUGCGAAUCAUUUGAAGAAUCCACUUCACUUGCUACACUACUGCCUGUCCCUCUUUGUCCAGCGGCGACAGUAGGCCGUGAUUAAUAUGACAAAAUUAGCGUAUCUAUACGAAUUAUAAUUGUAUGCUGUAUUGCAACUAAAGGGUUGUACUGUGCGAGGACUGGUUUAUCGACAAUGACACACCGGAGGGCCCCAAUUUAACGGACAACAGAGCAAGCAACGGAUAAAGGCCCGGCUACAAAUUCUCCAGACUGUGCCGGUCCAUUUAAAAAAAAAUUCUUGUAUAUGAACGGUGACAUGGCACCGCACCGACAGUCAUAUUAAUGGCUGCCGAAUCGGGGAGACUACUGGCGGGACAAGGUCAAGGAAAACGAGGCAAAGGUUCACAAAUGAAAAGCCCAGAGAAAAAAAAGAGAAAAACCAACACUCAGGGGGCAGCAUUCUCCCACCUCUCUGAGUUUGCGCCCCCACCUACCCCUAUGGUAGACCACUUAGUGGCGUCCAACCCAUUUGACGAUGACUUUGGCCCUCCAUCAAGACCAGGAGGGGGGGGUGGUCCAGGAGGAGGUCCGUUCCUUCCCAGCCCAGGGGCAGGUGGUGGAGGUGGGUAUGGAGGUGGAGGGAGAAUGGGUGGAGGCAUGGGCUUCAUGGGAGGCCCUGGAGGACCAGGAGGCGGGCAGCCCGGACGCAGACCACCCUUUGGCCCUCCGCCACCCAACGCUGGACCACACCACCAGUUGGGCUUUGGAGGUAUGCCUGGCUUUGGUGGACCAGGGGGUGGAGGAGGUGGGGGCGGAGGAGGGUUCCCCCCAGGGGGUCCGGCACAGUUCAACAUGCCCCCCAACUUCAGUCCGCCCAUGCACCCCGGACCAGGGUUCAACCCCAUGCUAUCCCCUGGAGGUAUGGGGGGGCCUGGUCCCGGAGGAGGUGGACCACCACACCCCCGUUUUGGAAUGCCCCCUCAGCAACAGCAUGGGCAGGGAGGGCAUCCCUUCAACAGCCCCCCCUUGCCUGGUGGUGGAGGCCCCAGGGGACCCCCUCAUGGCCCCAUGAAUCCCAUGGGGGGGAUGUCUGGUGGAAUGAACAUGAUGGGCGGCAUGGGGGUUGGCCCUGGUGGAAACAUGGUGGGAGGGCUCUCGGGGUUACCUCCUCAAGGACAGUUUCCUCCUUCGCAAGAUGGGCCUUACCCUGGCCCCAGUCCCCCAGGGAACGAGGAGGGAAAGAAUUUUGGUGGUGGACCCCAGCCCGGGCCUCCCCAGCAGCAGCAGCCUAACAUGAAUCCCAACGGCCCCCCUCCUAACAACAACUCUGGACCCCCCCCUAACUCUGGCCCUCCCCAGCCCAGUUUCCCUGGCCACCCGGACGUCCAGCAGCCCAACCCCAACACCCCUGGCCAGCCGUCUUCAGCUCCGUCCCAGCCCAACCCCAACUCCUCACCUACGGGCCCACUGAAUGGCUCCCAACCCCAGCAACCACCACCCAAUCAGCUCCAGCCACCGAACUCUGCCAACAACUCCAACAACCAAUCACAGCAACAGCCUACUCCUCCCAACUCUGUUCCAGGCUCUGCCCCCUACAACCAGCAGAACAACACUCUAGGUGGAGGCCCAAUGUCCAAUGCCCCCCCCAACUCUACCCAGAACAACAUGACAAACAACAGUGGGGGGAAUACUCCAGGUAGCAACCCAAACCCUCCCUCCAACUCCACCUCCACCCCGAACACCCAGUCCCCAUUGCCCCCCGGCCCCGCUGCCCCCUCCAUUGGCCCAGGCUCUGGCCCUGGAAAGCUGGGUGGCUCAGGGAUGGUGUUCCCUUGCGGCUUUUGCUUGUCGGAGGUGCAUGACGAUCAGGAUGCCAUCUUAUGUGAGGCGUCAUGCCAGCGUUGGUUCCACCGCGACUGUACGGGUCUGACGGAGCCGGCGUAUGGGUUGCUGACCCGGGAAAGUGCCGCCGUCUGGGCUUGUGACUUCUGUCUCAAGACCAAGGAGAUCCAGGCUGUGUAUGUCCGCCAGGGCCUCGGCCAGUUAGUUGCAGCUAAUGAAGGCUGAGGAACAGAGGGUGAGGUGGGAUAGGGCACCAGAGAGGGGGAUGCAAUGCAAUGGAAGGGAAGAGACAUUUACUUCUACCAAUGCUAUGGAAGGGAAGAGACAUUUACUUCUACCAACCAACUGCUUACUGGACUUUCUCACUGUACUCACACAGUACACUCUCAUGCUAAUGUAUAGCACUUUUAGUGACUCCUUUGGACUGAACGACCACCUCCUCCCUGUUUUGAGUUAAUCGUGUAACUGAUGUCCACUCCUGGAUCCUAAUUUAGACAUUGUGUCUGCCGACCAGCAAAGCACUGACAUCAACACACUACCUCACACACUUAUCUGACAGCACAGCGACCACGCACUGACUGGAACAUGACUGACUUGACUGACUUGAAUAACUCACGUAAGGAGAAUGUGUGAUCACCACAACCAACUACACACACACACACACAUACACAAACACUCCUCUGAAACCGGUUCUGACCCAUUCUGAUCUGUUGAAUCCAAAGGAGACCCAUGAUAUCCCCACCACCUCUUUGUGUACCAGACUUGUCUCUCACCUCCCACAUCCCUGAGAGAAGAAUAUCACCACAAGGAUAUGUGUAAAUAAAUAUUCAGCCUGAACAUUCGCCCAAAACAUGCCUCCGUCCAUUGUGGAAUGCUGGAGAAUUUAAACCAAUGAACAGAAUGAAAUGGAACUUUCUUUUGAGUCUUUGGUUUUGUUGAUGGACUUAAUGGUUUUAUACAUUGAUUCAACUGUUUUUAUAUCUCUUCGCUGUGCACAGAAAUUGUGAUAUCAGUGCUUUUGGAUGGUGUUGGCAUAGCAAGUAGUUACAUGUCAUAUCGGAUGUGUGUAGUCUUUGGGGUUGCAUGUGAAUCAAUGCAGUAAACAUGUCCGAUCUGUUUUUGUUUUUAUUUGGUCUCUGUUAGAGGCCUUGAAGUAGACCAAAUAACUGAACGAAAAUAAUAUCAAUUUUCAUAUUUCUGUCAUGGCAGAUGUUUGUAACUUUUUUUUUUUUUUUUUUUUUUUUAUAUUUCUGUCCAAGUUGCCUUUUCUCAGCCGUUCCUUUGUUUUGUACGGUAUUUGUGCUGUUAAAUGUGCUCUACAUCGCCCUCUAAUGGAAUAUGGAGGGACCAUUCCCACACGGGGUGGGGAAAGGGGAAGGUACUGAACUCUGAAGUAAAGAGAAUUUUUUGUACUGUUCCUUGUCCGUUUUUAUUUGUUGCUUAUUGUGGUAUUAAAAUCGGGUACUGUAAACCCACUAACCUA